UCGGAAGAAAGAAUAAUUCUUCCAGAUGAUGAUGAGCGGGAUCCGACUAGAAUUCGUCAUAGGGCUGGACCCCGUGGGGGACAAGAUCAAUUGGUGCUUUCUGAAGUGCUUUCUCAAUCUUCUUCCCGUCGGUCAUCCAAAUACCGCCGGAGUAUGAGUGGCAUUCCAAAUCUACAGGAAACAUUAAAAGAGAAACAGGCAAGAUUUAGAGAGGCAAGGGAAAGCCGAAAAUUGAAAAUUGAAUCUUCAUAUAAAUAUAUAUUUGAAAUCUUAGCAGAAUGUCUCAACCUGGAUAUAGUAGUUGUGGAAGAAUUAAUUUUGGAUUGUCCUUCUCUGGAAGCAUUUAGUCAUUUUUUUGUGAAAGAUGGUUGUAAGACAUUGAAAUUUUUAUAUCAGGAAGGAGAUGUACCUGGUAUAGAAUGUGGCCGAACUAUUGCUGGAGUAACUAAAGGAGCAAAAAUGAUGAGACUGUAUGUAGACAACGCAGCCCCAGAGAAACUAAAAGGACUGUGUAUAUUUUUUGUUCGCUGUCGCAAUGAUAUUACUAUAAAUAUUAAAAAUAUUCAUGAGGAAGUACUAUUUACUGUUCUGGAUGCAACAGAUGGACUCUUAAGUGGAAUUAGAAAUAUGCUGGCAAAUAUAUUUUUACCAGCUAUUCUUGCAACAAAUAACUGGGGUGCUUUAAACCAGUCCAAACAAGGAGAAUCUGACAAGCGCACUUUCACUGAAACUAUCAGCAGAUACCUUUCAUUUUUAGAUGGUGCGAGAAUAAGUAUUGAGGGAACAGUUAAAUUGAAGACGAUAAGCAAUGUUGAUUUUACCAAACUUCAGACCUUUGAAGAAGUGACAGCUGCAGCUGCCAAUUCAGAAACUGUUCAUCAGCUGGAGGAUGUGCUGAUGAUAUGGUACAAACAGAUUGAACAGGUACUUAUUGAGAGUGAACAGAUGAGAAAAGAAGCUGAUGACUCAGGUCCACUUACUGAACUGGAGCACUGGAAACGCAUGUCAGCCAAAUUCAAUUAUAUUAUUGAACAGAUUAAAGGGUCAAGUUGUAAAGCUGUCAUAAAUGUGCUAAAUGUUGCACACUCAAAAUUGUUAAAGAAUUGGCGUGAUUUGGAUGCAAGAAUCACUGAUACAGCAAAUGAAUCAAAAGAUAAUGUCAGGUAUUUGUACACAUUGGAAAAAGUAUGUCAGCCUCUCUAUAACUAUGACCUAGUUUCCAUGGCACAUGGAAUACAAAAUUUGAUUAAUGCCAUCAGAAUGAUUCACGGUGUGUCAAGGUAUUAUAACACCUCAGAGAGAAUGACCUCGCUGUUUAUCAAGGUCACAAAUCAAAUGGUGACAGCAUGUAAAGCAUAUAUUACUGAUGGAGGAUUAAGUCACGUAUGGGAUCAGGAAACACCAGUUGUGCUAAAGAAAAUUCAGGAUUGCAUUUUUCUAUUCAAGGAGUAUCAGACAUCUUUCCACAAAACAAGAAAACAGAUUUUAGAAUCCUCAGGGGAAAAAUCUUUUGAAGUUUCAGAAAUGUAUAUAUUUGGGAAAUUUGAAGCUUUCUGUAAAAGACUUGAGAAGAUUACAGAAAUGAUAACUAUUGUGCAAACAUAUUCAGCCUUGAGUAAUUCUACCAUAGAAGGAAUAGAUAUUAUGGCAAUAAAAUUCAAAAAUAUAUAUCAAGGGGUUAAGAAAAAGCAGUAUGACAUUCUGGAUCCAAGAAGGACAGAAUUUGAAACAGAUUUCUUAGAGUUUAUGGCCAAAAUCAACAGUUUAGAGGUACAAAUACAGGCAUUUAUGAGUAGUACUUUUGGAAAAAUCUUGUCUUCUCAACAGGCUCUUCAGCUUCUUCAACGGUUCCAGAAACUGAACAUUCCUUGUCUUCAACUGGAAAUAAACCGCACAAUUGAACGUAUUCUUCAGUAUUAUGUGGCUGAACUUGAAGCUACUAAGAAGCUUUAUCAUUCUCAAAAAGAUGACCCCCCUCUUGCUCGCAACAUGCCUCCUAUAGCAGGAAAAAUACUUUGGGUGAGGCAACUCUACCGCCGGAUAAGUGAGCCCAUCAACUAUUUCUUUAAAAACUCAGACAUAUUGUCAAAUUCAGAAGGUAAAGCUGUCAUUCGCCAGUAUAACAAAAUUUCCUACGUCCUGGUGGAAUUUGAGGUGGUCUAUCACACUGCCUGGGUCAGAGAAAUUUCGCAGUUACAGUAUGCUUUACAAGCCACACUUUUUGUACGACAUCCAGAAACAGGAAAGUUGCUGGUUAAUUUUGAUCCCAAAAUUUUGGAAAUUGUACGGGAAACUAAAUGCAUGAUAAAAAUGAAGUUAGAUGUCCCCGAGCAGGCAAAGAGAUUGCUAAAAUUGGAAAACAAAUUGAAAGCGGACAAACUGUACUUACAGGGUCUUCUGCAGUAUUAUGAUGAGUUAUGUCAAGAAGUUCCUACUGUGUUUGUUAACUUGAUGGCCCCUAAAAUGAAAAAGGUGGAAUCUGUGUUGAGACAAGGACUCACAAUAUUAACAUGGUCAUCUUUAACACUGGAAAGUUUCUUUCAAGAAGUGGACUCAGUAUUGAAUAUGUUCAAUCAGCUUUUAAAGAAGGUCUGUGACUUGUGUGAAAUGCAUAUUGAUACAGUUCUAAAGGAGAUAGCCAAAACAGUGUUAAUUUCCUUGCCAGAAAGUGGUGCUACCAAAGUAGAAGAUAUGUUGACCAUCAAUGAGACAUAUACAAAAGAAUGGGCUGAGAUUUUAAACCACAAAAGUAAGCAUGUGGAAGAAGCUGUCAGAGAACUUAUAUCAAUAUUUGAGAAAAUUUAUGAAGUUAAGUACAGUGGAAAAACAUUAAAACAGACACCAGAACAGCGGAAACAUGUUGUUUUUGGAAGUGAAACAGAUGAAGGUGAAAGUACUGAAUUUGAUGCUAACAUUGGGAGUGAAGAUGCUAAUGAUAAAGAAGAUGAAUUUAAAAAGGAAUGUAAAGAAGUCUAUGCUUUUUUCACUCAUCAGCUACUAGACAGUCUUCAAAAAGCCACACGGUUAUCUCUGGACACAAUGAAAAGAAGAAUAUUUGUUGCAAGCCCUUAUGGACGAAAGCGGUCAGAAGAUAUUAUUUCAUUUAUAAAAGCUGAAGUGCAUCUUGCAAUUCCUAAUGUGGUAAUGGUUCCUAGUUUGGAUGACAUUCAGCAGGCCAUUAACCGUAUGAUCCAGUUAACCCUGGAGGUCAGCAGAGGAGUAGCUCACUGGGGACAACAGCAGGUCCGUCAUAUGAAGUCUGCAAUUGUCAGUCCCACCCGUACCACUACUGACGUGACUCAUCCAAGCACAGGAAAACAGAUCAAGAGGGAUGACAAAUCUUUUGAAGAAAUUAUUCCUGCGAGGAAACUGAAGAAUUUUUACCCCGGUGUAGCAGAACACAAGGAUAUUUCUAAGUUGGUCCUCCUCCUUUCAUCCUCUGUGAAUUCUCUAAGAAAGGCGGCUCAUGAAGCCCUGCAGGACUUCCAGAAGUACAAGACUCUCUGGACAGAAGACCGAGAUGUGAAAGUGAAGGAAUUUUUGGCUAACAACCCCUCUCUGACUGAAAUCAGAUCAGAAAUUCUACACUAUGCUACUUUCGAACAGGAGAUUGAAGAACUGAAGCCUAUUAUUGUUGUAGGAGCACUUGAAUUGCAUACAGAGCCAAUGAAAUUGGCCUUAUCAAUUGAGGCUAAGGCAUGGAAGAUGUUGCUCUGUCGAUAUCUGAAUGAAGAAUACAAAAAGAAAAUGUCAGACAUGAUAACAUUUAUCAAUGAAUACUUAAAAAAAUUAUCAAGGCCUAUUCGUGAUUUAGAUGAUGUCAGAUUUGCAAUGGAAGCUUUAGCCUGUAUCCGUGAUAAUGAAAUUCAAAUGGAUAUGACUUUGGGACCAAUUGAAGAAGCCUACGGUAUUUUAAACAGAUUCGAAGUUGAAGUAACCAAAGAGGAAUCAGAAGCAGUUGAUACCUUGAGAUAUUCUUUCAACAAAUUGCAGAGCAAAGCUGUUUCUGUACAAGAUGAACUAGUUCAAGUGCAGCCAAAGUUUAAAAGCAACUUAUUAGAAUCUGUGGAAAUUUUUCGUGAUGAUGUUUCAAACUUUGCAGAGUCAUAUGAUGCGGAAGGACCCAUGGUUCCAAAUAUACCACCCCAAGAAGCCAGCAACAGGCUACAGAUAUUUCAGGCCAAUUUUGAUGAUCUGUGGAGGAAGUUUGUGACAUAUUCAUCUGGUGAGCAACUUUUUGGAUUACCUGUGACUGACUAUGAGGUUUUACACAAAACCAGAAAGGAACUCAACUUGUUGCAGAAGCUGUACGGACUGUAUGAUACUGUAAUGGGCAACAUUAGUGGUUAUUAUGAAAUGCUUUGGGGAGAUGUAGAUAUUGAAAAAAUUAAUGCAGAACUUCAGGAAUUUCAAAACAGAUGUCGUAAACUUCCAAAAGGACUUAAAGAUUGGCAAGCUUUCUUGGAUCUCAAAAAAAGAAUUGAUGAUUUCAGUGAGUCAUGUCCUCUGCUAGAAAUGAUGACCAAUAAGGCAAUGAAACAGAGACACUGGGAUCGAAUCUCUGAGUUAACUGCAACUCCAUUUGAUGUGGAAUCUGAUUCUUUUUGUCUUAGAAAUAUUAUGGAAGCACCACUUCUUAAAAAUAAGGAUGAUAUUGAGGAUAUUUGCAUAUCUGCCAUUAAAGAGAAGGAUAUUGAAGCCAAACUGACUCAGGUGGUUGAAAACUGGACCAACCAGAACCUGAGUUUUGCAGCAUUUAAAGGAAAGGGAGAGCUUCUGCUCAAAGGCACUGAGUCUGGAGAAAUUAUCACCUUGAUGGAAGAUAGUUUAAUGGUCUUAGGUUCCUUAUUAAGUAACAGAUAUAAUGCUCCAUUUAAAAAGAAUAUCCAGAACUGGGUGUUCAAAUUGUCUACUUCCUCAGAUAUAAUUGAAGAAUGGCUGGUAGUACAGAAUCUUUGGGUUUAUCUUGAAGCUGUUUUUGUUGGUGGAGAUAUUGCCAAACAACUGCCUCAGGAAGCAAAACGUUUUCAGAAUAUUGACAAAUCAUGGAUAAAAAUAAUGCAGCGAGCUCAUGAGAAUCCCAAUGUGAUUAGUUGCUGUGUUGGAGAUGAAACCAUGGGGCAACUGUUACCUCAUUUACAUGAACAGUUGGAAGUAUGUCAGAAGUCACUUACAGGGUAUUUGGAAAAGAAGCGAUUACUGUUUCCAAGAUUUUUCUUUGUGUCUGAUCCAGUUCUCCUGGAAAUUCUUGGGCAAGCCAGUGAUUCCCACACCAUACAGCCACAUCUCCCUGCAGUAUCUGACAACAUAAAUGAGGUAACAUUUCAUGCAAAAGACUACGAUCGUAUCAUGGCUGUCAUAUCAAGAGAAGGAGAAAAAAUUGUGUUGGAUAAUCCUGUAAUGGCGAAAGGUCCCGUGGAGAUUUGGCUUCUGGAAUUGUUAAAAAUGCAGAUGUCAUCAUUACAUAAUAUCAUUAGAUCUGCAUUCUAUCAAAUCAGUGAUACGGGAUUUCAGCUCUUACCCUUCCUAAAUCACUUUCCAGCACAGGUUGGGCUUCUGGGAAUUCAGAUGUUGUGGACCCAUGACUCAGAAGAGGCUUUAAAUAAUGCAAAAGAUGACAGGAAAAUCAUGCAAGUGACCAAUCAGAAAUUUUUGGAUAUUCUGAACACUCUCAUCAGUCAAACAACACAUGAUCUAUCCAAGUUUGAUAGAGUGAAAUUUGAAACGCUAAUUACCAUCCAUGUGCAUCAGAGGGAUAUUUUUGAUGACUUGGUAAAAAUGCAUAUCAAAUCAAUCACUGAUUUUGAAUGGCUAAAACAGAGUAGAUUUUAUUUUAAGGAAGAUUUGGAUCAAACUGUGGUAUCUAUUACAAAUGUUGAUUUUGUUUACCAAAAUGAAUUUCUGGGAUGCACUGAUCGUCUUGUUAUCACUCCAUUAACAGAUAGAUGUUAUAUCACUUUAGCACAGGCUUUGGGAAUGAACAUGGGUGGUGCCCCAGCAGGACCUGCAGGCACCGGCAAAACAGAAACCACAAAAGAUAUGGGAAGGUGUUUGGGAAAAUAUGUGGUUGUGUUCAACUGCUCAGACCAAAUGGAUUUCAGAGGCCUAGGGCGGAUUUUUAAAGGUCUUGCACAAUCAGGUUCCUGGGGCUGUUUUGAUGAGUUUAACAGAAUUGAAUUGCCUGUGUUAUCAGUGGCAGCCCAACAAAUAUAUAUUGUUUUGACAGCAAGAAAAGAGAGGAAAAAACAAUUCAUUUUUUCCGAUGGUGAUUGUGUUGAUUUAAAUCCAGAAUUUGGAAUCUUCUUAACAAUGAACCCUGGAUAUGCUGGGCGCCAGGAACUGCCAGAAAACUUAAAAAUUCAGUUUAGAACUGUUGCUAUGAUGGUUCCUGAUAGACAGAUCAUCAUGCGAGUUAAACUUGCAAGCUGUGGUUUUCUUGAGAAUGUAAUCUUGGCUCAGAAAUUUUAUGUUCUUUACAAACUCUGUGAAGAGCAACUCACUAAACAGGUUCAUUAUGACUUUGGGUUGAGAAAUAUCCUGUCUGUGUUGAGGACACUUGGAGCUCAAAAGAGAGCCAGACCAGAAGAUAGUGAAUUAAGCACUGUCAUGAGAGGGCUAAGAGACAUGAACCUUUCUAAACUGGUUGAUGAAGAUGAACCCCUGUUUCUCAGCUUAAUUAAUGACCUGUUUCCAGGAUUACAACUGGAUAGUAGUACUUAUGUGGAACUGCAAGCUGCAGUAGCCAACCAGGUGGCAGAAGAAGGUUUGAUUAACCAUCCACCCUGGAAUCUCAAACUUGUGCAGUUAUACGAGACAUCUCUGGUCCGUCAUGGCUUGAUGACCCUUGGGCCCAGUGGUUCUGGGAAGACAACCGUUAUAACAAUUCUGAUGAAGGCACUGACAGAAUGUGGAAAGCCUCAUAGAGAAAUGAGAAUGAAUCCAAAAGCCAUUACUGCACCUCAGAUGUUUGGCAGACUGGACACUGCCACCAAUGACUGGACAGAUGGGAUUUUUUCUACUCUGUGGAGAAAAACAUUAAAAGUUAAAAAAGGUGAGAACGUUUUCCUCAUUUUAGAUGGCCCCGUAGAUGCCAUUUGGAUUGAGAACUUAAAUUCUGUGCUGGACGACAAUAAAACUCUCACAUUAGCUAACGGAGAUCGCAUCCCCAUGGCCCCUAACUGUAAGCUUUUGUUUGAAGUCCACAAUAUCGAGAACGCCUCUCCUGCUACGGUUUCAAGGAUGGGAAUGGUCUACAUCAGCAGCUCAGCUCUCAGCUGGAGGCCAAUAUUACAGGCAUGGUUGAAGAAGCGUACCGCACAGGAAGCUUCUACAUUCCUAAAUCUGUAUGAUAAAGUGUUUGAAGAUGCAUAUACAUUUAUGAAACUAAACCUCACUCCAAAAAUGCAGCUCUUAGAGUGUAACUAUAUUGUGCAAUCUCUCACUAUUCUGGAAGGUUUAAUACCAUCCAAAGAAGAAGGCGGUAUUGCAUGUGCUGAACAUCUUCAUAAAUUAUUUGUGUUUGGCCUCAUGUGGAGUUUAGGGGCCCUUCUGGAACUGGACAACCGAGACAAGCUUGAAGCCUUUUUACGAAGCCACCAAACCAAGUUAAGCUUACCAGAAAUACCUAAAGGCACGAAUCAAACCAUGUAUGAGUUUUAUGUUACUGAUUAUGGUGAUUGGGAGCACUGGAAUAAGAAACUCCAGCCAUAUUAUUAUCCAACUGACAGUAUUCCAGAAUAUUCAUCAAUUUUGGUUCCAAAUGUUGACAAUGUUAGAACAAGCUUUUUGAUAGACACCAUUGCAAAACAACAUAAGGCUGUUUUGCUCACAGGAGAGCAAGGAACUGCAAAAACGGUCAUGAUUAAGGCCUACUUGAAAAAAUAUGAUCCUGAAGUACAGUUAUCCAAAUCUUUAAACUUUUCAUCUGCCACAGAACCAAUGAUGUUUCAGAGAACAAUCGAAAGCUAUGUGGAUAAGCGAAUGGGAAGCACAUAUGGGCCACCAGGAGGUAGAAAAAUGACUGUAUUUAUUGAUGAUAUUAAUAUGCCCGUGAUUAAUGAGUGGGGAGAUCAGAUAACUAAUGAAAUUGUGCGGCAGAUGAUGGAAAUGGAAGGAAUGUACAGCUUGGAUAAACCAGGAGACUUCACUACUAUUGUUGAUGUGCAGCUCAUAGCAGCAAUGAUCCAUCCUGGAGGUGGUCGAAAUGAUAUUCCACAACGUUUAAAAAGACAGUUUACUGUGUUUAAUUGCACAUUGCCUUCAAAUGCUUCAAUAGACAAAAUUUUUGGAAUAAUUGGCUGUGGAUACUUUGAUCCUUGUAGAAACUUCAAACCUGAAGUAUGUGAGAUGAUUGCUAAUUUAGUCUCAGCGGGCAGAGUGCUAUGGCAAUGGACUAAGAUAAAGAUGCUGCCAACUCCUUCCAAAUUUCAUUACAUCUUCAAUCUUCGAGAUCUUUCCCGAAUUUGGCAAGGAAUGUUGGUCAUAAAAGCGGAGGAGUGUGAUUCAGUUUCUACUCUCCUGUCACUUUUCAAGCAUGAGUGUAACAGAGUAAUUGCAGACAGGUUUAUAACUCCUGAAGAUGAGCAGUGGUUUAAUGCACACCUAAUUCAUGCUAUUGAAGAAAAUUUUAGCUCAGAAAUGGCAUCCUGUAUGCUUCCUGAACCAUACUUUGUAGAUUUUCUCCGUGAUAUGCCUGAACCAACGGGUGAUGAACCUGAAGAUACUGUAUUUGAAGUUCCCAAAGUCUAUGAACUGGUACCAAACUUUGAAUUCCUGUGUGAAAAACUCCAGUUUUACCAGAGACAGUUCAAUGAAAUCAUUAGAGGAACAUCUCUUGACCUGGUGUUUUUUAAAGACGCAAUGACUCAUCUUAUUAAGAUUUCACGGAUAAUUCGAACAUCAUGUGGAAAUGCACUGCUGGUGGGUGUUGGUGGCUCGGGAAAACAGAGUCUUUCGAGGUUGGCCUCUUUUAUAGCUGGAUAUCAGAUAUUCCAGAUAACAUUAACCAGGUCUUACAAUGUGAGUAAUCUAACAGAGGACUUAAAAUUUCUGUACAAAGUUGCUGGUGCUGAUGGAAAAGGCAUCACCUUCAUCUUUACUGACAAUGAAAUAAAAGACGAGGCAUUUCUAGAAUAUCUUAACAACUUGCUAUCUUCAGGGGAGAUCUCCAAUUUGUUUGCACGAGAUGAAAUGGAUGAAAUCACUCAAAGUCUGAUAUCAGUGAUGAAAAGGGAGCUACCUCGUCACCCCCCUACCUUUGAUAAUCUGUAUGAGUAUUUCAUUUCUAGAGCAAGGAGGAACCUGCAUGUUGUUCUCUGCUUUUCUCCAGUUGGCGAGAAGUUCCGUGCCCGUUCUUUGAAGUUUCCUGGUUUGAUAUCAGGGUGCACCAUGGACUGGUUUAGUCGCUGGCCAAAGGAGGCUCUCAUAGCGGUGGCCUCUUAUUUCCUUUCAGGCUACAAUAUUGUCUGUUCGAGCGAAAUUAAAAAGCAAGUUGUAGAAACCAUGGGCCUCUUUCAUGACAUGGUUUCAGAGAACUGUGAACAUUAUUUCCAAAGAUACCGCCGAAGAGCACAUGUGACCCCAAAGUCAUAUCUUUCAUUUAUAAAUGGCUAUAAAAACAUUUAUACUGAAAAGGUGAAAUAUAUCAAUGAACAAGCUGAACGAAUGAAUAUUGGUCUUGAUAAGCUGAUGGAGGCAAGUGAAUCCGUUGCUAAACUCUCUCAGGAUCUUGCAGUGAAAGAGAAGGAAUUGGCAGUGGCUUCUGUAAAAGCAGAUGAAGUAUUAGCAGAAGUCACAGUCAGUGCUCAGGCUUCAGCCAAAGUGAAAAAUGAAGUACAGGAGGUAAAAGACAAAGCCCAAAAAAUUGUGGAUGAAAUUGAUACUGAAAAAGUAAAAGCUGAGACCAAACUUGAGGCAGCUAAACCUGCACUGGAAGAGGCAGAAGCAGCCCUGAAUACUAUAAAACCAAAUGAUAUUGCCACAGUCAGAAAACUUGCAAAACCCCCACACCUUAUUAUGAGGAUCAUGGACUGUGUUCUGUUACUAUUUCAAAAGAAAAUUGACCCUGUUACUAUGGAUCCAGAAAAACCUUGCUGCAAACCAUCGUGGGGAGAGUCAUUAAAAUUGAUGAGUGCAACAGGAUUCCUGUUCAGCCUUCAGCAGUUCCCCAAGGACACUAUAAAUGAAGAGACUGUUGAGUUACUACAGCCAUAUUUUAAUAUGGAUGACUAUUCUUUUGAAAGUGGCAAAAAAGUUUGUGGGAAUGUGGCUGGUCUGCUGUCUUGGACACUUGCUAUGGCGACAUUUUAUGGCAUCAAUAGGGAAGUGUUGCCCCUGAAGGCUAACCUGGCAAAGCAGGAGGGCCGCUUAGCAGUUGCUAAUGCUGAAUUAGGGAAGGCACAGGCACUGCUGGAUGAGAAGCAAGCCGAGUUGGAUAAAGUACAAGCAAAAUUUGAUGCAGCAAUGAAUGAGAAAAUGGAUUUGCUUAAUGAUGCUGACAUGUGCCGGAAAAAGAUGCAGGCAGCUUCCACUCUCAUAGAUGGACUGAGUGGAGAAAAAAUCCGAUGGACUCAGCAAAGUAAAGAGUUCAGAGCUCAGAUUAAUAGAUACCAGAUUGGUGAGUGGGGGCUGCAGGGAUUACCAGGAGAUGACCUCUCAAUUCAGAAUGGCAUUAUUGUGACAAAGGCCACCAGGUAUCCACUCCUGAUAGAUCCACAAACUCAAGGCAAAACUUGGAUUAAAUCAAAGGAAAAAGAAAAUGAUUUGCAGGUGACAUCUCUGAACCAUAAGUAUUUUCGCACACACUUGGAGGACAGCCUUUCCUUGGGCCGACCCCUCCUCAUUGAGGACAUCCGUGAGGAGCUGGAUCCAGCCCUGGAUAAUGUAUUAGAAAAGAAUUUCAUUAAAUCGGGCACCACUUUCAAGGUGAAAGUCGGUGAUAAGGAAUGUGAUAUCAUGGAUACAUUUAAACUUUAUAUUACUACAAAGUUACCAAACCCUGCCUUUACCCCUGAGAUCAAUGCUAAGACGUCUGUCAUUGAUUUUACCGUUACAAUGAAAGGACUUGAGAAUCAGUUACUAAGGAGAGUAAUUCUAACAGAGAAACAGGAGUUAGAGUCUGAGAGGGUUAAACUUUUAGAGGAUGUUACUUUUAAUAAGCGGAAGAUGAAAGAACUUGAAGAUAACCUCCUCUAUAAAUUAAGUGCUACAAAAGGUUCUUUGGUGGAUGACGAAUCACUCAUUGGUGUCCUCCGAACCACCAAACAGACAGCCGCUGAAGUAAGUGAAAAGCUGCACGUGGCCGCAGAGACCGAAAUCAAGAUUAACAUGGCACAGGAAGAGUUCCGACCGGCAGCCACCCGUGGAAGCAUCCUCUACUUCCUCAUCACAGAGAUGAGCAUGGUCAACAUCAUGUACCAGACCUCACUGGCCCAGUUCCUGAAGUUGUUUGACCAGUCCAUGGCCAGAUCUGAAAAAUCUCCACUACCUCAAAAGAGAAUUACAAACAUCAUUGAAUUUCUGACAUACGAAGUUUUUACAUAUUCCGUCAGAGGCCUCUAUGAAAACCACAAAUUCCUCUUUGUGCUGCUAAUGACCUUGAAGAUCGAUCUUCAGAGAGGGACAGUUAAGCACCGAGAAUUCCAGGCUCUCAUUAAAGGGGGAGCAGCCCUAGAUCUGAAAGCCUGCCCUCCCAAACCAUUUCGCUGGAUCCUCGAUAUGACCUGGCUGAAUCUUGUGGAGCUGAGUAAACUUCCACAGUUUGCAGAAAUUAUGAACCAGAUAUCUCGUAAUGAGAAGGGGUGGAAAAGCUGGUUUGACAAAGAUGCUCCAGAGGAGGAAAUUAUCCCUGAUGGAUAUAAUGAUUCACUAGACACCUGCCGUAAACUUUUGCUGAUCAGGUCUUGGUGCCCGGAUCGUACUGUCUUUCAAGCAAGAAAGUAUAUUGCAGAUUCUUUGGAAGAAAAGUACACAGAACCAGUUAUCUUAAAUCUGGAGAAAACUUGGGAAGAAAGUGAUGCACGAACACCUUUAAUAUGUUUCCUGUCCAUGGGAUCCGAUCCCACUAUUCAAAUUGAUGCAUUGGCCAAGAAACUGAAGCUGGAGUGUAGAACUAUCUCCAUGGGGCAAGGACAAGAAGUUCAUGCUCGGAAGUUGAUUCAGAUGUCAAUGCAGCAGGGUGGUUGGGUGUUACUGCAAAAUUGUCACCUUGGCCUGGAAUUCAUGGAAGAACUACUAGAGACGCUAAUUACCUGUGAAUCCAGUGAUGACUCUUUCCGAGUGUGGAUAACUACCGAGCCUCAUGAUCGCUUUCCAAUUACGUUGCUUCAGAGUUCUCUUAAAUUCACUAAUGAGCCACCCCAAGGGGUACGUGCAGGUUUGAAGAGGACAUUUGCUGGAAUUAAUCAAGACCUUCUGGACAUCAGUAAUCUACCCAUGUGGAAACCAAUGCUUUACACGGUAGCAUUUUUACACUCCACUGUGCAGGAACGACGCAAAUUUGGCCCCUUAGGAUGGAAUAUUCCCUACGAAUUCAAUUCUGCUGACUUUACAGCCAGUGUUCAGUUUAUUCAGAAUCACCUUGAUGAAUGUGAUAUUAAAAAAGGUGUGUCGUGGAGUACAGUCCGAUACAUGAUUGGAGAGGUACAGUAUGGAGGCAGAGUGACCGAUGACUUUGAUAAGCGUCUGCUUAAUUGCUUUGCUAGGGUCUGGUUCAGUGAGAAGAUGUUUGAACCAUCGUUCUGUUUUUAUACUGGAUAUAAAAUCCCCUUGUGCAAAACUUUGGACCAGUAUUUUGAAUACAUCCAGUCCCUGCCAUCCCUAGAUAACCCCGAAGUCUUUGGACUUCACCCCAAUGCUGAUAUCACGUAUCAGAGUAACACUGCUUCUGAUGUUCUUGAUACAAUUACCAACAUUCAACCCAAAGAGAGUGGAGGUGGUAUAGGAGAGACUCGGGAAGCCAUUGUUUAUAGGUUAUCUGAAGAUAUGCUGAGCAAAUUGCCUCCUGAUUAUAUUCCUCAUGAGGUGAAAGCUCGUUUGAUAAAGAUGGGACAUCUUAAUUCAAUGAACAUAUUUCUUAGACAAGAAAUCGACAGAAUGCAAAAAGUGAUUACAAUACUUCGCAGUAGCCUGAGUGAUCUAAAAUUGGCCAUUGAAGGGACAAUCAUUAUGAGUGAGAACUUGAGAGAUGCUUUGGACAACAUGUAUGAUGCCCGUAUACCUCAAAUCUGGAAAAGAGUGUCCUGGGAUUCGUCCACACUGGGCUUCUGGUUUACUGAACUUUUGGAAAGAAAUGCUCAGUUUUCUACUUGGAUUUUUGAAGGGAGGCCGAAUGUGUUUUGGAUGACUGGAUUCUUUAAUCCUCAAGGCUUCCUCACAGCAAUGAGGCAGGAAGUGACUCGAGCCCACAAAGGCUGGGCCCUGGACUCUGUGACAAUCCACAAUGAAGUCCUGCGACAGACCAAGGAGGAGAUCACGUCUCCACCUGCGGAAGGUGUCUAUAUUUAUGGACUCUACAUGGAUGGAGCAGCCUGGGAUAGACGGAAUGGGAAGCUCACCGAAUCCACCCCCAAGGUGCUCUUCAUGCAGCUGCCUGUGUUACAUAUCUUUGCCAUCAACUCCACAGCACCCAAGGACCCCAAGUUGUAUGUGUGUCCUAUUUACAAGAAACCAAGGCGAACAGACUUGACCUUCAUCACUGUGGUGUAUUUGAGAACUGUUUUGUCCCCAGACCACUGGAUCCUGAGGGGAGUGGCCCUUUUGUGUGACAUCAAGUAA